AUGGGAGUCCCAGGAAUGGAGGACAUUCAGAUGUGGUUCUCCAUCCCGGUGUUCAUCAUGUACGUCUUCAUUGUCUCCGGGAACAUCGCCAUAUGCUACAUUAUUUUGUCCGAAGAGUCUCUCCACAAGCCCAUGUGUCUUCUCCUCUCCACCCUGUCCAUUGCCGAUGUGCUUUUGGCCACAACCACCACCCCUAAAAUCCUCUCGAUCUUCUGGUUCCACUCCAGAGAGAUUGGCUUUAGUGCCUGCCUGGCCCAGCUCUUCUUUGUCCACGCCUUCUCCAUGAUGGAAUCCACUAUUCUAUUGGCGAUGGCCUUUGACCGAUAUGUCGCCAUUUGCCACCCUCUGAGGUACACCUCAAUCCUCACUAAUGACACCAUUGCAAAGAUCGGAAUUGUGGCCAUAAUCCGAGGUUCAGCCUUCAUGGCUCCAGCUUCCUUCCUGAUAUGGAGGUUGUCCUACUGCCAAAACAACAUCAUCUUGCACACGUACUGUGAACACAUGGCGGUCGUGAAGAUAUCCUGCUCAGAUACCUCCAUCAACCAGGUUUACGGCCUGACUGUGGCUCUGCUGGUGAUCGCUGUUGAUAUUUUUGUGUAUCACGGUGUCGUACUGUGCCAUCGUCGGGGCCGUCUGCAGACUGUCUUCCAGGGAAGCCCGUGGGAAGGCCUUGGGCACCUGUGGCCCCCAUGUCUGCGUCAUCCUGAUCUCCUACAUCCCGGCUCUCUUCUCCUUCUUCACUCAUAG